UCGUGAGAGCUUUCUACGUGGAUUACAAUCUCAUAGUCUGCCAGGAGUUCCUGAUUUCGUUCUGGAUGCAAACACCGUUGGGCAAUGUGCUCGGUUCGCAAGACAUGUGGGUCCCCCGCGGCCAGACGCAAAGGAUAGUUCCCAACAACAAAUGCGUUCAAAAAGAGUCUAUGGAGAGAGUGAUUUGUACCGAGAGCAGUGUCGUCUACAUCGAACUGUGGAUGAAGGAGCACAAGUCUGAAAUGAGACAGGGGCCUGUGACAGACGUCUUCGUAACCCUGUACUUUUGGAAACAGCGAAAGAACGGUUUGGAUAAGAAGGUCUUGCAGUUGGAGAAUAUCAAUGGGUUCGCCGACGACGUUCAGUAUUCAGUGAUGAAAAGUUCGCAAAAAAUCAUAGUAAGCUGGCACUGUACCAACGAAGACAACGUUUCGAAGAGAACGUUCAUCCACGCCUAUCUUCUAGCCCCGGACUAUCAGACAGUGUCUAAUAUAUUCGAUAUCGAACCCAUCGAUCACUAUGUAUCAUCUUUACAUAACAUCGAGGAGUGUGACAACUUGAUAAUGGGUUGUGGAGAAAACAAAAUCACCUUGUGGAACGUCGAGUUUGGUUAUAUAAUAGCGACAGUUGAAUUGAAGGAUAUAAAAUCUCCGCUUUCCACCCUGUGGGUGAAAUGUGAUAGGGGCUUUCUCUUCGCUCUUCAGCAGUGUGUCGACAGGGAAUUGCGGUUGAUUGCCAUUAACGGGAUCAACCAUUCGUGGAAGAAACUUGCCAGCUAUUUUCCUCCUGAAGGUUUCGAUAGGUUGAGGGGAGUUUGCGUAGAAAACGGCCUCCUUCUCUCCUUUUACGACCAAGGGAUCCUCUGUUGGAAGGCAGAGACAGGGGAACCCAUCGAAGAAGUGAAUUUGGAGACUGACGUCAUACCUUCGGGCAAACACCUAAUUUUAGUGGAAGAUAAUCAGAUUAUCGUUAAGCACGUGAUGACUCAUUUAAUGUCGAUGUCGGUGGAAGAGUCAUGAAAUAACAAUUCACUUACUUUAUUAGGAAGUAGAUAUCAAAUUUUCGUAACUAGUGUUCAUAGUUUUUUCCAAGUUGUUUGUUUCUUGUACAUACAUAAUUUAGUAGUUCGUUGAUUGAUGAAUUUUUUGAACUGUAAUUUUUUUAUUUUAUCGAUGUUAUAGGUUACAUAGUUAUUUAUAUUUAUAAAGCAGAAGGUAUUUGAUGAAGAGUGUACAAAAUGAGUUCGAACGGAGAAAAUAAAGAUUAAACUCGAUUUUGUAUCA